GCAAAAUAGGCAAAAUAGUAAAACUUCCGUCUCCCGUGCCCAACGCCCGCGCCUUUUUAAACUUUAAAUUUUCAGAUACAGAUGCAUGGUAUACAGACAGGAGAUAGCACCAAUUUGAACUUUGUUUCCAUUUUUGUAUUUUAAAUGUUAAAUAACAAAAUUCAUAAUUUAAGUAUAAUUGGUACAAUUCAUAGUAAAACUCGAAAAAGUUUGAUAGUAUUGCGGUGGCCUGGCCUUGCAGCUAUAGAAAAGCUUUAAAUCCUCCAUGCAACUCCUUCUCGUACAUCCUACUCCGUUGCAGCUGAUCAAGCUGAUGUUGCGGUUGUGCCUGGUUGUGCCCUUGUUGGUUGUUCCGCGGCAAAAAGUGCCUAUAUUUUUUAUCCUUCAAAACAUGGCCAGCAGAAGACUCAGCAGACUAAAAAAAGAAAUGGAAUUGAUGAAAAAGAAAAGUCGUCCUGGCGUUUUCUUGAGCCCAGUAGGUGAUUCAAUGGAAGACUUUGAAGCUAGUAUUACUGGGAUCGAAGGUACUCCUUUUGAAAGUGGAGUGUUUAAGUUGGAAAUCAAGAUACCUGAGAACUAUCCUCUUGGUGUGCCGAUUGUACGAUUCACUACGCCAAUUUAUCAUCCCAACGUUGAUUCUGCUGGCAGAAUUUGUCUGAAGAGCUUGAAACCUCCACCAGUAGGCAGCUGCUCCAACAUGCCAAUCCUAAUGAUAGUCUCAUGCCAGACAUUGCCCAGGAAUACAUGCUCAACAAGGUUGAGUUUGAUAAGAAGGCAAGGGAACUGACCGAAAAACACGCCGUUCCUCAAAAUGGCGAAAAGCAGGAACAGUGUACUUAAGAAUCAAUACUUAAAGACCUUAUUCUCCUGUCGAAAUAAGAUAAUUUAAGUUCUCUGUUAACAUAUUCCUAAAGCAGUUAAUAUUUUUAUGAAAAGAAUGUGAUUCAGAAUGUAAAUUAAAGAUAAAUAAUGUUUAAUUUC